AUGAGGAGCAAUUAUCAACCGGUGGCGAAUACGGACGCUGAUCACGAAAACACUAUACCCACAGCAUCUUCUUCGCAUACUUUGUUGCUGAAUCAAGAUUUUGAUGAUUUCCAGGCCAACUCUAAUAACCAUAACAACACAGACACUAAUACAACGCCCCCACCUGAGCCCCCUUCUUAUGAAUUUGAUAUAGAGGAUCCUCGUAACGACCUUCACAAAAGAUCGCACUUGCAAAGAGUUUCCAUCGGAUUUCAAGAGCGAAUCCUGGAACCCUUAGUAGAGAAUAUCAUACAUCCAUUUUUCCAAAUCUUAAAAUUCAUUCAAGACAAAGCGGAUUAUUAUCUGAGUAAAGUCGGAAACCCCUUCAUACUUCGAAGAUUAUUUUACAUCGUUCUAAUGUCAUUUGUUGCAUAUUACAUUUUGUCAAGUGGCUACUUGCCCAACGAAAAGGCCUCCGGUUCAAAAGGAAUGUUUUCUCAACACGAUAUACUAUUCCAAUAUGCCAAGAAAUCUGUGGACCUGGCUAAAUUUGAAAGAGACUUAGAAUAUAUCAGUAGUAUGCCCCACGGGUCUGGAACAAAAGGUGAUGUGGCGAUUGCUCAAUAUAUCCAGGAUUCCUUUGAGAAUAAUGGAUUAAAAUUGGUUAAAAAAAUGGAAUAUAUGGCUUACGCUAAUUAUCCAGGCAAUGUAUCGAUUUCUUACUAUGAUGACAAACAUGAAAAACAUGAUUUAAAAUUAUCCAGAGAAAACUUCAAUCCCUUGAGCUCCAACGGGAAACUGUCCAAAAUGAGUCUAAUUUACGGAGACAAAGGUACCACAAGUGAUUUGCAGACAUUAAAAGACUCAAACAUCAUAGAAAAUGGAAAAGAUUAUAUACUCCUGUUGCAAUAUGACGAAAUAGUAAGCCAGCAGGUAUUAAUAGCCCAGAGAUUUGGCGCUAAAGGUAUAAUAUUCAUAUCUGAAUCAUAUGGUGAGAAUAUAGACAUUGUCCAACCAAAGUCUGUAGGCCUACCACAAUACUCUACAGGAGAUGCGUUAACACCUGGUUGGUUUGGCUCUGUUUUGGACGAAAUAGACGCCAAGGACUCAAAAAGUUUAGCUCAUAUUCCCACAGUGCCGAUAUCCAGUAGGCAAGGGCAAGAACUACUGUCUCUUUUAUCUUCCGAUGGAAUAACUUUCGGUGGUGGUAACGAGGAACAUAGAAAUAGUGGGAAAAUCGGUGAUUUAAUUGUUGAUUUAGAUUUGGAGACAAAUGUAAGAGAAAGGCACUCCGUUUGUGAUAUCAUUGGUAAGAUUGAAGGUAGGGAGCAAACAGAUAAAGCUGUUAUUAUUGCCGCAUCUAGAAACACCAUCAAUUCUGGAGCUGCUUACCCCAGCUUUGGUACGUCUGCGCUAUUAUCCGUAUUACAGCUAUUUCAAGAACUAAAGUAUAAGUAUGAUUGGAAACCCUUAAGAAACAUUUACUUCAUUUCAUUCGGUGGUUCGGAAUUAAACUACGCUGGGUCUUCUGAGCUCAUUGAACAAAAGCUGACACCAUUAAAAGAUGAAGUUUACUCUUUCAUCGAUAUUAGUCAGUUAAGCAUACCUUUCAGUACGGAAACUGAUAACGGUAACACCAGAGGAAUAUUGAACAUUGAGACACAUCCUUUAUUAAGUAAGUUUUUCAAAAACAAGGAGGGGCAUCUAAAUUUUGAUGUAUCUGUUGAAAACGUACAACAUUAUGGUGACUGGACUCCCUUCCUGGCGAAUGGUAUUCCUGUAUCCGUACUAUCUUCUGGUCUCACAAAAAACCGUUCGUUGCCAGUUGGAACUUCGGAAGAUACCUUUGAGCACUUCAAAAAGUAUUUGGAAGAUGAACAGAACCAAGAAUCGAUCAGUGAUUUGUUAGUAUAUAUACUACACAUUACAGCGAAACUGGUUGACGACCCAUUAUUACACUUUGACAUAACGAGUUAUGUUGACGACAUUGAUGAACGACUACAAAAGCUGGAGCAAGCAUAUCCCGGGAAACUAGACUACAACUCAGUGAUUAAAGGUUUGUUGUUCUGGAAAAAAAUUGGUAACGAAUGGACUUCAUGGACUCAAGGUUGGGAAAACAUAGUCUGGUCACACGGUGAUGGCAUAGAGCCUUCUUUACUUUCAAUUCACAGAUGGACAUGGAAUAAGAAAUUGACCAAUAUUGGUAGAAGGACGUGCUCUCCUGCAGGUCUGCCAAAUAGAUCAUUUUACAAAAACAUUUUAUUUGGGCCAACACUAAUGCAGGAAGCCAGCUCUGGUAGCAACGAGGGUGUGGACUUUUGGAGUUUUCCUGGCAUAAAGGAUGCCAUUCAUGAUGACAAUUGGAAGAGGGCGCAAGAGCAGGUUGACCUCAUCGGUAACGUGCUACAUCAGUCAGCUGCAUUAUUCGUAGAGGAGACUAAUGACAUCGGUUAUAAAUAA